AUGGCGGGCGGCAACGAGCAGACCGGCGCAGCUGUGGCUGAAAGCGCGGCACCAACAAGGACUCGCGCAGAGUCACCAGGCGCUCAGGAAGGGAACCCAGGAUAUAUCCCUAGACCGAAGCGCAUUGCCUGCGUCGUCUGCAGGAAGAGAAAGCUUCGAUGCGAUGGGACAAAGCCGAGCUGUGGGAAUUGUUCGCGCCUGGGCCAUGACUGUGCCUAUAACGAGGUCAGGAAGAAGAGCGGACCUAAGAGAGGAUAUGUGAAGCAUCUGGAAGCCAGAUUAGCGCAGGUUGAGACCCUGUUGAAAGGAGUUGAUACCGCAGAAUCAAGUCGAUCUUCGCCACCCACCAGAGCGCUGGAUAGCCAGAAUGCGCCGUUUCAGGGACGACAGAACAUGUUUCCUAUCCGCACUGCAGUCCCAAAGUCAGUGGAGGCUGAUCCAAACCUAUCUCUCGAUGGCAUGGAUAUGUUCGGGGACAUGGGGGAUAUUCUACCUCAACCGCCUACCCUUCCAACGUCGAACAGUGCCGCUUCGAGCGACUUCUCAUGGGAAAUGAUCGGCUUAGGGCUAGAGGAACCCCUACCGAGUCAAGAGGUCAUCGACGAACUGGAUGAAAUAUAUUUCGAGAAGGUACACCCAUCAUCUCCUAUGAUACAUAAACCGCGGUAUUAUGCUGCAAUGAAUCUGGCACCUUCGAUGCGCCCGCCAAUUUGUCUGCGGUACAUCAUGUGGGCGCAUGCUGCUGCUACUACAGAUAAAUAUGCACACAUACAUUCCCAUUUCUACACCCGAUCCCGCAAGUACGCCGAAUUAGAUCAGAUGAAAGGUCUAGGCGAGAACAUUAUUUCAGUGGCACAUGCACAAUGCUGGCUGUUGAUCGGGUGUUAUGAGUUUAAAAUGAUGUAUUUCCCCAGGGCAUGGAUGAGCACCGGUUCCGGGAUGCGGCUCUCUUUGAUGAUGGGUCUUAACCGUCAAGAUGCUCGUGGCCUAGAUGUUAAACAGACUCUGCCGCCGCCCAGAGACUGGACAGAGCGUGAGGAGAGAAGGCGAACCUUCUGGGCUGCUUUCUGUCAGGACAGAUAUGCUUCAGCUGGUACUGGCUGGCCCAUGAGCGUUGAUGAGAGAGAUAUCUUGACAAACCUCCCUGCAUCCGAAGAGGCAUUUGUCAACAGCAGGGAGCAGCCAACUUCAUCCCUUGCAGAGGCCGUAUCUGGCCAAGAAACAGGGUCGUUAUCGCCUUAUGCCGCCACAGUACUGCUAGCAUGCAUGUUUGGGCGUAAUCUACAUCAUCUUCACCGAGUCACCACUAAUGACAAAGACCAUGAUCUAAACGGCGAGUUUUGGAAACGCCAUCGUGCACUCGACAAUAUUCUCCUUCACACAUCUCUCUCGCUCCCUAGUCACCUUCGCCUACCGGAAGGCAUCAACAACUCCGAGAUCAUAUUUGGCAACAUGUGUAUCCAUGCCUCGACCAUAUGUCUACACCAGGCUGCGAUCUAUAAGGCAGAAAAACACAGCAUGCCUGGCCAGAUCUCUACGGAGAGCAAACGACGUUGUAUCAUUGCAGCAGAUCAAAUUACCAACAUAAUGAAAAUGGUCUCCCAUAUGGACUUAACAAGGAUGAAUCCCUUUCUUGUCUUCUGUCUAUAUGUUGCAGCCAGGGUCUUCGUUCAGUACCUUAAAUCCAGGCCCCAAGACCAAGCUGUCAGAUCUUCCCUUCAGUUCUUGCUCUCCGCUAUGAACGCUCUUAAGAGGAAAGUCCCUCUAGCAGAGUCAUUCCUUAUACAGCUGGAUGUAGAUCUCGAAGGAAGUGGCCUUAUAACGGAUGAGGGUGUGUCAAGAUUCUCCUACGGUCACAUACAGAACAGCCCAGAGGACGAUGCUAGGCAAAGUGCCCUCCGUGCAGUGCGUGCUCAGUUCGAGCAAUGCGCUAUCGGCAUUAUGGAUAUUGCUCGUAUGGAUAAGGAAAACGAGAAGGCAAAAAACUCCUCAAAAUCACCCACAACAAGCUCGUCAACAGAUCAUACAGGCAUUCAUAGCCAGAGCCACCCGAAACCGGCAGAACAGCAGUUUCCUACCCAGUCUCAGGUCUAUGGCUUGGGGGUGCCUGGGACUAUACCCAAUUUAGGAAUGCCCCCGUCACAUGAUGACCAGUUCAGGUUCAUGGACUUCGAGUUGGAUGCUUCGGCCGGCGGUACCAGCACUGGAAGCGAACGACAUCUCUCUUACUCAGAUAACCCCAGCCCAAACACAAAUAAAACCUCCUCAAGCAGCUCAUUCUCACCAGCUCAUCUAGAUCAACCCUCUCCAAAACAGGGGGGCAUGCAUAACCAGAAGCCGCUUCCGCCACAUCUUCCACCUUCAAUACCAUACGCCACCAAUGAUACUAGAAGUGGAUAUGGAGCUUCAAUGCAAAAUCCAAGUAAAUCUAAUACUAUACCUUUCCCACAAGAUUUCCCUGUAACCGCUUCCGAGGCCCAGCUACAACAGGAGUUUUUCAACUUACCAGAUGGAUGGGAUUUUAUACAACAACAACAACAACAACAACAACAACAAUCCCGGCCAAAUGAACCAGAAUUGAUACCUCCUACCCCUACUUCAUCGACCAUGGAAGCAGUUUUAUCCUCACUUGAAGAGAUACCAUGGUCUCAAUCUCCUGACACCUUUAAUGCUAACCAGUGGGCUCGGUAA